CACGCAUGCGCAUACAUGUUAAAAGAUUAAAAUUAAUUCAUAUGCAAUAUGGAUUAUCAAAACGAUAUUUAGAAGUAAAGAAAUAUCAACAAUGGCAGAAAACGGAAAUGAAAGAUAUUUAAGAUACAUUCUUCUUCUCGGUGAAGGCGUUUUGUUAGUGUUGCGUGGUGUUGUACGAAGAGAAGUUCAACGUACAGGAUCAACAUUAGAUGCGAUUCUUACAAUCCCGAAUAACAGAAGGCAGAUGGAGCGGAAUUGCCACUCGGAAACCCAGCGUCUUCAUCUUUUCCCGUACCCCACUACAGUAAAUUCAGACAUAGAAACAUGGGAUAUAUCGCUUCUAACGUUGGUACUUCAAAGAUUGUUUUGGUCAAAUCUUAAGAGGGACGAACGUUUGCAAAUAAGCUACUUACGAGACAAUAGAAAUGAGUAUCAAGGGCACCCACCAGCAAUGUCGAUGGAAGAAACGGAAUAUACAACAAGAUCUGCUGAUUUAGUAACAACACUUCAAGAUCUGGCAUCUGGACUUGACCAACAAACUAGAGACACGCUUACAAGGAUAAUAAACGACUCUAAUGCGGUGCAAUUUGACUUUCAUACAGCUAUACAACAUUUACAACAACUGUAUGAGUUUAAGGAGGAAAUGCUGCGAGAGCUAGAGAACAAAUUUCAGGACGUAAAUACCAAACUGGACACAAUUCAAGCAAGAGUUAAAAGAAUACAGGAGCUGCAAAUACGGCAUUGGAAACAAAAUACUGAGAAUGAGUUAAAGACCAUAAUAGAAGCGAAGUGUGACCAUAAAGAAAAAGAAAAGAAAGCUCUGGAUGUAUUGUUCGACUUCGUUAAGAUGAUACAGAAUCAGAACGACUUUACUGAACAAGAAAUCAAGCAUAAUAUAGAACAAAGAAUUCGAUGGCAUGGUGACAUAUGUCUUCAGUUAAUAGACGAUCUACUGCUCUGGUUUUCAGAUAUGUAUAAUAUUCCCAACGCGAUACCUGGACCUGCCCAGGAAGGUAGCAUCCGAAUACCAAUAAAAUGCUCUUCAUUGGAAGGGCUGUUAAAGCAAAUGGAGUAUAUGGAUAGCGCUAAUAGCAAAGAACGUCUUUCAGAGAUAUCGUACAGUCUCAGCAAAAUAAUUGACUCCACUUGCUCCCUAUCGUGGACUAUAGUACCUGCCAGUCUGCAAAAGGUUAUGGUAACGUUGUCGAAAGAUUUAGAAACAUCACAUUUAUCAGUAGAGUCUGGGAAAAUAGUGCUUCCAUUUCAAAGUAAAUCACUGAAUGGGUUAUCUAACAUCUGGAGUAUGUUCGAAGGGGAAGAAGUAAAUGACCACCUUGCAAGAGCAUCAAAAACACUGUCAAAGAUUGUUGGUGCAGACAUUACUCUGACCACAUCUGUUGUUAAAGAUCAGUUCACAAAUGCAGUGUAUAAAAUGAAUAAAGAUGAUGCAAGUCACUCGUUUGAUACUACGAAGAACCCAUUGGAAUACUUGCAAGAUGAUGAUAAAACUAAGGAAAGGGAAACGGAAUCAGUAUAUGGUGUUGACAGUCAAUCGUUUGAAACUUUGAAGAAGCCCUUCGAAUACUUGCAAGGUGAUGAGAAAACUAUAUAUGAUGAUGAAAGUAAACCCUUCAAAAUGAGGACGGACAAAGUCUUUUGCUUCAGUGAUGAUGUGGAAACUAAGAAAAAAGAAGAGGAAUUUAAGUCUGAUCGUUUUCCUAAAAGACUGUCAGGUGAAGGUUCGGCUCUCAGAACAGAAUCAAGUACUGGCAGUGAGAAGGAUUACGAACGUCACUUAAAACUCAAACACGUUGGGGAAUAUUCAGUGAGGUGUGAAGAAGAUAGAGGUACUCCAGUCAUAAGUGAAAUUGAAGUGUUACCUAAUGGCAGGAUUCUUCUUACUGAUUGGUGGAACCGUAAUCUGAAGAUGCUGGAUAGUUCGUUUAACGUGGUCAGUUACUGCGACCUUCCUGGUAUGCCCAGUUGUGUUAGUUAUAUUGGUAAAGAUACAGCUGCUGUCGGUUUUUGCGACGCACGUAUUGUGUUUGUACGUGUAUCAGGUGACAUUGAGAUUGAAAAAAGGUUGCUAAAGCUCGACUGUGUCAGUUAUGUAGAAAGUCUUGCCUUCUAUGGUGAAACGAUAUAUAUCUGUGAUAACGCUGGUCCAGUGUAUACGUCUACUACAGACGGACAUCUGCAAAGAGUUCUUUACAAAACACAAGUACAGUUAAUUUUCCUUUGGGCAAGUGUAUUGCCAUUAGUGAUGACGGCGAAAUGAUUUAUCUAACAUCUAUCGACCAAGGACUUGUAACAAUAAAUAACAAGGGAACUCAUUUAUCAACUCUUAGACCUGAUAGUUCAUGGGGUCUAUCUAGUAUUUGUACCGUUGGUGAUGGUACAAUCUUUGUGCUUGAGGAUGACUCGCAGAAGCUGUUUCAGGUUGAUUAUGGAGGAACAAAAGUUCUCAAUGUUGUGAACUUGUUGCCAGUUGGUAGAUAUGAAGCGAUGUGUUAUGAUAGGAAACAUUCAAGACUUAUUGUUGGUGGUAGAAAUGAUGAUAUACUCGUUUAUGAACAUCAAAAAUAAAGAUCACAUGUUAGGCAGUAUAAUGCCAUUUAGUGAACUUUCGUCAGUUUUCUUUUAAUUACACUACUGGACAAUUGAUAAUUAAAUUUCAGCAGCUAAAUUUAAAUUAAUCUGCUAUUUUUAAUUUCCAGUCUGUGCUGAAUGCGAACUUAAACUUGUAUUUUUAUAGUGUAGAGAGUGAAGCAGACUGACUGAAAGUUUUAUAGUAAAAAUAAAAAGAAAAAAAGACAAAAAAAAAAGAAGAAACACAAACUUGUAAUAUAAAUCAGUAUAAACUUAGUACAUAUUACAUGAAGCUUGUAGUCUCUAUGUAAAUAUUUGAUCUCUUAAAGGUCCCACAAGGAAAGUGUGUUUUAAGUUGAAAUUUUCUGCCCGUUAAUAAAUGAAUAGUGAAAUCAACACUUACACUCUCGUUUAACUUUUUAUCUCGCAUCUUGUAAUUCCUUUAUUGAAUGAUUGUAUACAGUUAUGCUAUGUAUGACUUUUGAAUAAGCUUCAUUCUGUAAUGUUAUGUACAUAGAUAUAAAAGAAGAUAUUAUUCAUUAUUAUCAAUAUUAUGCAAAUACAAACACAAAAGUGCUAAAAAUAUCAUUUCGCUUUCCAUAUUUUAUUUAGAUUUAGUUGAUAUGACAAACAUUCGCAAAAUAGGUUUAGUAUCAUGCAUUUGUUACAACCUGUAUCCGCAGUGUUACUUGGGACCGUAAAUAGGCCUAUCUAACAGACGUACGGUUUGGAGUCCAGAUGCGAAGGAAUGAUAUCACGAGGGAGCAGCCCGAGUGAUAGAAUGAUACAUAUCUGAACGACAUAUUUGGAUUCUAACACAAUACCAAAUACUUUUAAGUAUAUCCUUGACGUCCAUCAAAUAUUUGCCUUUUUUUUGUCAGUUUCUUUUCAAACGCGCCGCUAUACCGCUUGACGGUAUGACGUAAUAAUUGUGACGUCAGACCAGUGAAUUUUGUAAAAUAAUACAAUUUGUAAUAUUCUAAGCUGUAUGUUCACGGAUACGAUAAUAUAUAUUAGGAUUAACAUAAACAUAAAGUCCGUUAUUUGCUAUUUAUAUCUGAAUCUGCCUCUUUAACUUCAUACUUCUUUUAGAAUUAGAUCUAUCACAGAUGAUAUCAGCAUACGUUGUAAAAAGCUAGAUCUAUAUAACAGCAAAAAAAACUGGUACAAAAUUAUGCCACGACAUGUAUUUGGGAGGAAAUUUUGAACAGGCUGACAAGCGUUUCUAACGCAAUAUAAAUAUAAAAAAAACUGUUAUCAACACGAAAGGAAGUGUCUACGCAAUGUUUCAUAUUAAUUUAUCAAAAUCACAGGUAGUUAAUUGUUAUUCGUAAAAUACAGGAAAUGGUUAUUUUUAAAUGUCGUUAUGUACAUGUCAUUCCACUUAUGUGUUAUUGUUAAUAGUUGUUGGUUUGUUUUUCUAUUACCUUUAUAAUUCUAAGUAAAAAGUAAUUGUUACCCUUUGAAGAAACACUAUAGCAUACUAAUUGAAUAUUUUAAACAAUGUUUGGUAAGGAGACAUGUGUUUUAUAUCAUAGAAAUGAUGUCUGAAGAUUAUUUGUUUACAUGAAAUCAUUGAGGAAAUGAAUUUAUGAUAUGUAUUAAGUACCUAGUGAAUAAAAUCAAAUUUUUCUUUUCGAAGUUGUC